CCGACGCGGAGCAGCGGGAGCGGCGGCGGACCGGCGGGCGCGGCAGCGGACCGGCACCGGAGAGGCCAGGCCACGGCCGCUCCGCGCGCCCACGCGGGUCCCCUGGGCGGGAGGGCGGCCGCCGCGAUGCCCUUCCUGCACGGCUUCCGGAGGAUCAUCUUCGAGUACCAGCCGCUGGUGGACGCGAUCCUGGGCUCCCUGGGGGUCCAGGACCCCGAGCGCCAGGAGCCGCUGGAGGGGCCCAGCUAUGUGCCCAGCGAGGAGAGCCGGCUCCUUGUUCUCACCGAGCUUCUGGAGAGAAAGGCCCACUCCCCGUUCUACCAGGAAGGCGUGAGCAAUGCGCUGCUGAAGAUGGCCGAGCUGGGGCUGACCCAGGCGGCUGAUGUUCUCCUGCGAAACGGGGCCAACCUUAACUUUGAAGACCCUGUCACCUAUUACACGGCCCUGCACAUCGCUGUCCUGCGAAACCAGCCUGACAUGGUGGAGCUGCUGGUGCGCCACGGGGCCGACAUUAACCGGAGGGACCGGAUCCACGAGAGCAGCCCCCUGGACCUGGCCAGCGAGGAGCCGGAGCGUCUGCCCUGCCUGCAGCGCCUCCUGGACCUUGGGGCAGACGUCAAUGCAGCCGACAAGCAUGGGAAGACUGCUCUGCUCCACGCUCUGGCCAGCAGCGACGGCGUGCAGAUCCACAACACCGACAACGUCCGGCUGCUGCUGGAGGGAGGGGCAGACGUGAAGGCGACCACCAAAGACGGGGACACCGUGUUCACCUGCAUCAUCUUCCUGCUCGGGGAGACGGUGGGAGGGGACAAAGAGGAGGCCCAGCUGAUCAACCGCUUCUGCUUCCAAGUCACGCAGCUGCUGCUGGCUCACGGGGCCGACCCCAGCGAGUGCCCAGCCCACGAGUCGCUCACGCACACCUGCCUCAAGAGCUUCCAAGUGCACUUCCCUCUCCUGCGCUUCCUGCUCGAGUCCGGAGCCGCCUAUAACUGUUCCCUCCACGGAGCGUCCUGCUGGUCUGGCUUCCACGUGGUCUUCGACAGGCUCUGCUCCCACCCGGGCUGCGCCGAGGACGAGAGCCACGGGGACCUCCUGCGCAAGGCCGAGACCGUCCUGGAUCUCAUGGUGACCAAUUCCCCAAAACUGCAGCUGCCGGAAAACUUCGACAUCCAUCCCGUGGGCAGCCUGGCAGAAAAGAUCCGGGCCCUUCACUCCUCCCUGAGGCAGCUGGAGAGCUACCCCCCGCCCCUCAAGCACCUGUGUCGAGUUCACAUCCGUCGCUACCUUCAGCCGUGGCCCGUGGAUGCGAAGGUCCAGGCCCUGCCUCUGCCCGACAGGCUGAAGUGGUACCUCCUCAGUGAGCACAGCAGCCCCGUGGAGGCUGACAUCUGACCGCUCCAGACCAAAGGGACGGUCUGGGCCCCUCAGCCAGCCCGCUGGUGGACUAAAGUCCCAGCGGCCUUGGGGGAACCUUUGGUCCUGCCCGUGAGAAGGCGCAGGCUGCCUGUCAGAAGGUGCAGGCUGGUACAGGAGAGCCGGCAGCUGCGGUCAUUGCUGUGGGAAAGGCUGUGUCUUCAGGGAGACGGCCCCCAUCCCUUUGACAGUGAUCCAGUUCUCAACCCCCAUGGGAGAAAAUGACAGGGCUUUGAUUUGGGACAGACGUGAAAGGACUGGUGGGCAUUCCUGAGCACAGACUCCUGUGAGCUGCAUGGACAGAGCUGAAGCCAGAAGGAACUGGGUGGGCCUUUGUGGGUGCGGCCCAGGCAAGGCCCUUUACUCCACAGAAGGGCUUUGGUGGGCAGGGAGAGCAGAGCUGCUUCCUCCUGGUGUCGUUGCCCCGCCCACCGGGGCACAGGGCUGUGCCAAACUCAGGUCUUGGGGACCAUGCCUUCUGCUAAAAAGCAAUCAUGCAUGACCAGGGACAUUCCAAAAUGUCUCACCUGAGGACGAAAGCUACCAGGACUGAAGGCUGACUCCUGCCCGGUGCUGAGCCUCACAGAGCUGUCACGAUGGUCCUUGUGAAUUGUGUAAAUGCCUCAGAUAUAAGCUAAGGCAACUAAAAGCAUAUUUAUAUUACCCAAUUAGACUGACUUCUCUGGUCUUAAAAGGCCCUUGAUAACAUUUCUGCCCCCCCAUUUCAGGAUGACGGGCCUCACAGCGUCCUGGAAGAGGGGAUCAGCACGAGCAGACACUGCAUUAGGGCUUAAGUAACACUUGUCCCAUAACAAAAGCACCAUCUAGACCGUGGGGCCUUCCAACAUAGGGAUUCACCCUUUUUAUUUCUGACUGGAAACAUCCGCCAAGGAGGAACCACAAGGCACGGCCAAAAGUGAGCCGUGGGCCUCUGCCGGCUGCAGGCUGCUAUGACCUCCACGUUAGGGACACCAGGGCCCAUCACCAGAGGACUUGGAACAGGAACCUGCCACCAGCUGUGAUACAGCGGCCGCGCCUCUCCCCAGAGGUCGUGUCCUCAGCCGGGGUCAGGGUUCUCUUCCUCUUAAGGCCGCCAGGCCUGUGGCUGGUGGUGGAGACCAGGAGUCUCCGCUCUGAUGGGUCGCCACACCCCACAGACCCGCACUGCCCAGGCCCCCCCGGGGGCAGCGGAGCCAGGCGCCUGCCUCUGCCCAUUGGAUGGCACUCCUCCCGGUGGGUCCUGUGGUUAAAAAGCCUGUGUGGCCAGUGGAUGGCAGGCAGGUGCAUUUACUGGCCUCACUCAGCUCCUGCGAACCGUCGGCGUGAGCCUCUGAUGGCACCUGGCUGCCAGCUGUCCGCCCCCGCCGGCCCCUCUUGCCCUGCGGCCCCGCUCAUCUCAGGGCCAAGCUGUAGACGUGGUAGAUCUCGUCGGGGAGGUUCUCCUGCCGCUCCUGGGCGAGGAGGCUGAGGCCGGCGCUGCGGACGAUGCCGUGGACCACCUCGAGGUCCCGGCACACGCUGCUGUCCACAUCGUCCAGGAUCACGCCCUCCUGGGCCAUGUUGUCUUUGAUGACGAUGAUGCCGUUGGGGCGCAGGCCCUGCUGGCAGCGCCGCAGGAACUCGGCCAGGUGCUGAUCGGUCAGGUGGCCUGGAAGGCAGAGGCGUGGGAACAGGAUGGGGCAGGCACACGCGCCACUGGCUGCUCCUCAGCCACCGCUCAUUCCACUUUGCACUUUACGAUCGACACACAGGGCCAACUGCCCUCAACAGUCCAGGGGGUCGCUGAAGCCCAUUUUGUGAAAGAGGAGACUGGGUCGAAGUCACCGAGCCACAGGCAGCCAUGAAGCGUGCAGCUGGGAUUCCACCCUGACCAGUGGCUUCAGGCCCUGCCUGACACCUCACUCCGCAUGCCACCCACCCUCCUAGGCCGGGACCAGGGCGGUGUACCCAGCAGUUCCUUCCCUCCGUUAGAACUCCAGACAGGCUUUUUGGGACCACAGAAUACAGGGCCAAGAUGCAGUAGGCCCCACAGGGUGGUGCUGCCUGCCUGGGAGGGUGGCUGACCGCUGGCACAGGACAUGAUGGCAAAGCCGGCUCACUGCCAAUAGCAGGGACAGCCAAAGCUUCAACCUUCCUCUUAAAAAAAACCCCUUUUAUAAAAUCUGUCCAUGUUCUUUCUAAGUUAGUUAAUUGGACAUUUAAAUUUUUUCAACAAAAAACUGCCUCCCCAAUGGGUCACAGCAGGUGCUGAGUUAAUAAAACCUGGGGAGAGAUGUACCUUUAAGGUAGCGUGCCCCACGGUCCUGGGGCAGGGAGGCUGGAGGAACCCCCGCUGCCCGCCUGGUGCUGCAGGAGCAGCAGCUCCAGGCCAUGGGGACUCGAGUCUGGGAAGCGGGACGCGCAGGACAGAGAAGACGGCAGCAGGAGGCUCACCUAUCACCCACUGGAUCCAGAUGACGUCGUAGGAGUUGGGCUCCGGGCUGAAGUCCUGGAGGCCACAGCAGAAGUAGUUCCUCACCCUCUUGCCCUCCUCACCCAGGUAGGUCUUCGCUUUCGCCAGAAAGUCCUCCGUCACGUCCACCAUGUCCACCGCCCGGAAGAGCGGCAGGAGCAGCCGCUUGGUGAUCCUGCCAAUGCCGGCGCCGCAGUCCAGGGCGCAGGAGGUCCCCGUCGGGUUGGGGCCUUCCUAAAACAGGACAGGCGUCAGGAAGGCUCGGAAAGCCAGAGGGACCCCGUCACUGCCCAGGGCCAUGCCUCACAGCCCCUGAGGGACUCAUCGAGCCUGGACAGUGGGUGUGAGCAUGACAUUUUCCUGGGUCACAUUUCUAAAAUGAAAGCCAGCUUCCACUUGGAGGUGCUGAAUUGAAUAGGCGCCUUCAUUUCACUCCUGAGACCCCGUUAAAACGACAGCAGGAGCAGGAAGAAUUCAGUCCGUGAGAGACCAGAAGAGGCCAGUCGAUGGCACGGGACUGGAACAAACCUGGGGCGAUGGCAGGUGGUGGAGAGACAGCCAGAGCGGCCUCUGCUGCUCGCUGACAGACAAGAGGGGCAGGGCCAGGAGGCUCCCGCCGGGGCAGGAGAGGCCUGGGCAGGAGUGACCAGGAGCUUGCCUUCUGCAGAACAGCCAACACCCACAGCCCAAAUGCCCACAGACGUGGCCAGAGAGCCAAGGUUUCGUCCCUAGGGAGAUGGGACAAUUUAAAGGGAGACUACUCAGUUCUGGGACAGGGAACCCCCAGCAUAACAGCCAGCGCCUGCCGGGUCACCUCGAGGCCCAGUCCACAGCUGCCCGCUGUCCUUCGGGCCUGGGCGGUAGACGGACACCGCAGGCCCUGCAGUGGCAGAGUCGGAGGGGCGCCAGCACAUGCUCCGGAGCACCCCAGACCCGCCUACCCUCAGAAACCUCUGCAGGAACUUCCGGGAGCUGUUGAUGUCGAUGCUGGAGAUGUGGCCGUACCCCCCAAGCAUGCCGUCCACCGUCGGGGGGACGUCCUUCCAGUACGCCUUGGCCUUGGAGUAGAAUUGCUUCUCGUCUUCUAUCACCUUGCUCGCCAUGCUGUCUCCCACUGCGUCGGCUGCAGCUCCGCAGUGGCGCCUCCUGCAGGAAAAUGGAGUGCAUCAGCCAGGCCGAGGGCCGUCUCACGUGCUGGGCUGGUCAGUCCUGCCUGACGCAGGGGAAUGUCCGUGUCCCCGACCUGCUGCUGCCCCUCGGACGACAGUGCCUUAUGUCUCUUGCAUGCAGGUCACUUUACAAAGCGAACUUCACGUCAGAGGAGACCAGAGUCCUGGCUUCUAGUGCUUUCCUCACCCUCCCUGACACCUGGCUCCAUGGCUUCUGACCCCAGCAGACAGAGAAUCUGAGCUAAGAGAAAGGCGUGUGUGCCCUGGCCAGUGUUGCUAAUGGUUAGAGCACCGGCCCUCGCAAUGGAAGGUGGCGGGUUUGAUUCCCCAUCAAGGGCACAUAGCUGGGUUGCAGAUUCGCUCCCAGCCUGUUAGGGUGCAUGCCGGAGGCAAAUGCAACCAGUCAAUGUGUCUCUCUCACAUCGAUGUUUCUCUCUUCCCCCCUCCCUCCCUCCCACUCUCUCUGAAAAGCAAUAGAAAAAGAUAUCCUUCGGUGAAGCAAGGAGCUCAAGCCUGCUACAGUGUACGCUGCGGGGGGCGGGGGUGCUGGACAGUCCCCAUGACCCCCUCUCUCUCGCUGGUCAGCACAGAAGCAAGCUCACUUCCAGGUCCAGUCCCUCAUCAACAACCAGGCAUCGUGCUGUGAACGGGGAGACAGAAGACAGCUUGACUCCAUCACCACUAAGGGCUGGGAAGUACAGGGCAUAGAAGGGCACAACCUAGAGCAGUGGUUCUCAACCUUCCUAAUGCCGUGACCCUUUAAUACAGUUCCUCAUGUUGUGGUGACCCCCAAUUUCAUUGUUACAAAUUGAACAUCAUUAAAGCAUAGUGAUUGAUCACAAAAACAAUAUGUAAUUAUGUGUUUUCCGAUGGUCUUAGGCGACCCCUGUGAAAGGGUCGUUCGACCCCCAAAGGGGUCGCGACCCACAGGUUGAGAACCGCUGCCCUAGAGGGACCUAACUCUGCUCUGGGGUCACGGAAGGCUCUGGGGAAGCGACCUCAGCUAAGACACGGCACCAGGAAGAGUUCCCUAAGCACCCGGGGCAAGGAGACUGCUCCAGGAAGAAGAGCGGGCACAGAGCCCUCGCAACUGGCAACUCAGUGUCCUACGGGUCACAUUUGGCGGUUUAGAUUUCACCCUGAAGAGCAAUGACCUUGAACUCGCCAGGGCUAAGCAGGGAGUGACAUGAGAAAAUGGCUCUGGAGACUUGGCAGCUGUGUGAACUGCAGGGGCGAGAGCAAAGCAGACAGCGACAGUGUCACCACUGACGGGAGCAUGACCAGGCGGACGAAGGGCCACAAAGCAGCAGCGGGGCCCCGGCAGCAGAGCGCAGGCCCACACUCAGCCAGCGGCCACCUUGUGCCCAGGAGGGACCUCAGGGUCUCAUCCCCACCCUGAGGCCCUGGCCCUCGUCAACACGUGUCCACCCUGGCAGGUGUUCUGGUCGCUGAGGCUCGUCAACAUGAAGCCUGACCCCCAGAGAGCUGGCAGCCCAGCAGGAGACGGGGCAAAAUGAAACCCACACAGGGAGGGACCACCAGGACUCUCAUGGAGCCAGAAAGUGCCGUGGAUCUCAAGGCUGGAGGACUCCUUUCUGAAUGGCGGCCAGGAGGUGACACGCAAGCGUACCACUGCGAUGCUCUGGCAUCCCGCGUGGCAUUCAGCAAAACACACACUUCCCGGUAAAUGAGCAAAAUAAAUCGGAGACCGAA